AGGAUGAUUGGGCCUGCUUCUUUCUAGUGGAAAGAUCACCUGUCCCAUGGAUGAAGGAAGCCCUUUCCGAGUAUAAAUGAUGCUACACAGCAUCUGACCCCCCCGUCUUCUUUCUCUCUUUCCUCGUCAUGUCGGAAGACAAGGCCCCAGUCGCCGAUAUCGAAAGACACUCCAUCGUCGAGGAGAACCCAAACAAGGAAGGCACUGCCCAUCAAAAUGCUCUGGGACCAGUGCCAAAGAGGAGGCUGAAGCAGUUCUUGUCGCCGUUGGACUCAGCGUACGCUGCCGCUGUGAACGCGGAUGCGGAGACGGUGGAAUUUACACCAGAAGAAGACUAUAAAGUCAAGAGGAAGAUCGAUAACAGAGUAUUGCCGUUGGUGAUAUGCAGUUAUGUUUUCAAUCAAUUCGACCGCACUAAUAUCGGAAAUGCCCAUGUACUUGACGAAUUUAACGACAAUUUUGGUCUCACGACAAAUGCCAAGUGGACACUAGCACUUAGUAUAUUCUACGUGGGUUACUGCCUCCUUGAGAUGCCUGCCAACGUCCUCCAACGGCACAUCGGAGCUAAUAGAUUUUUCUUCAUGUCCUUGACAUGGUGGGGAAUUGCGUCUCUAUCCUUCAUUUACGCCAAAGGAUACGGAGGUUUAUUGGUGCUCAGGGUUCUUCUCGGAAUCGGUGAAGCAGGAUACUACGCUGGCAUAAUCUACUAUCUAUCAUUUUGGUAUAAACGCCAUGAACUCGCUAUGCGUAUCAGCCUCUGUAUGACCGGGACCUUUCCCGGCGCCAUUGGGGGUCUUGUAGCAUUUGGUCUUGUCCGUGCACAUACUUCGGUUUUAAAGGGGUGGCAAUUCCUUUUCCUUAUCGAAGCCAUACCUACAAUCAUCAUGGCUACGAUGAUUCUGUUCUUCCUCCCUUCUUUCCCUUUCUCGUCGACAUUCUUAACAGCCCGGGAACGAGCCGUCGCACAAGCCCGUCUAAAUCGCGAUCACAAACCCCAAUCUCAUGGCGGUAUGACCGGAUGGGAAGGCUUCAAGCAUGUUAUACUGGAUAUCAAUUCCUGGCUGUUCAUGUUAAUUUAUGCUAGCUUCAAUGUUGGAGUCGCCACCAUUUCGUACUUCUUACCCACGUUGAUUAAAGGCCUUGGAUUUUCUUCCAUAAAUGCUCAAGGAAUGACUGUGGCGCCCUACCUCGUAGGUUGGUUCAUGGUCUUCUUCCAAGCAUGGCACAGUGAUCGUACGCGCGACCGAGGCUGGCAUAUCAUGCUUUCCUGUGCCGUCUCUUUUGUUGGGUAUAUUAUCCUCGCAACUUCGGUGCAAAAGAGCAUUGGAGCAGCGUAUUUCGCUCUUUUCCUGGUCGUGGGCGGAAACUAUAGCUUGUUCCCUCUUGUAAUGAGCUGGGCUGCUAAUGCCUUCUCUCCAACAUCCAAGAGAGGUGUUGGCACGGCUUUUAUAGUGUCUAUCUCAAACUGCGUGUCAAUCGCUUCGCCCCAAAUCUAUUUCGAUGACGACGAUAACUACCGCAAGGGCCACGCCAUAUCAGCGGCUUGUUUGUUCUUGGCUUUCCUAACGGCGUUCGUUCUACGCAGUCGUCUAUCGAUGCUGAACAAGAGAAACGCAAAGAAACUGCAGGAAAUGUCGGCAGAGGAGAAGGAGCUGGAAGAAGGUCCGGCAGGAGAGAUUCCGGACACUGACCCUAGAUAUAUCUUCAUGACUUGAGGCAAUGCGAUGCUCUGGACCUCGGAUGAUUCGGGUAUGAGUGCCAUGAUAUAAAAAGUAACAAAAAAAGAGAAAAAAUGCUGAGGGCGGUAAGUGUGUCCGUG